GACGCAAUUAACGCACAUGUCCCGCUCAGAAAGUAUUCUGCCUUUUGGUAAGUUUUACAGCAAGGCUUUUUGCGCUGUCCAACAGCGAACUCUUGUGGUCGCUUUGCGACAUGGUUUAUUAUUUUCUUCUUUUCUUUCUUCAUUAUGGCUGCACGACGUCUCGGGCUGAUAAUGUUGUGCUUAUAUGAUCCUUGGACAAGAUUUGUCCGAUUGCUCGGAAGGCCGGGCUUCGGAGUACAGCCUCUUGGCCUCCGCCUCUCACUCUUAGCGGAUUUUAUGUUGUCAAAAUGGAGUUCUUACUUGGAAAUCCGUACAGCACUCCUGUGGGACAAUGUGUAGAGAGAGCCACAGAUGGAGGCCUCCAGAAUGACGACUGGGCCCUCAACAUGGAGAUCUGUGACAUCAUAAAUGAGACCGAUGAAGGACCCAAAGAUGCCAUGAGAGCGCUGAAGAAACGACUCAGCGGCAACAGGAAUUACAGAGAAGUCAUGCUGGCGCUAACGGUCGUGGAGACAUGUGUGAAGAACUGCGGCCACAGGUUUCAUGUGCAGGUCGCCAACAGAGACUUCAUUGAUGGUGUUUUGGUCAAAAUUAUCUCCCCUAAAGCGAAUCCUCCAACAAUUGUGCAAGAUAAAGUGCUGUCGCUCAUACAGGCUUGGGCUGAUGCCUUCCGAAGUAGUCCUGAUCUUACUGGUGUGGUCCACGUCUAUGAGGAACUGAAGAGGAAGGGCAUGGAGUUCCCCAUGGCAGAUUUAGAUGCACUAUCCCCCAUCCACACACCCCAGCGGGGCACGCCUGAAAUUGACCCCGCCAUGAUCAAGUACCUGGCCCCUGCAAACACUGCUGCAUCUCCCAGACCUGCCACAAACUCACCUGCCAGGCAGGUCUCUCCACAUGGACCCAUCACAGCAACUCCAGAACAGGUGGCUCGAUUGCGUAGCGAAUUGGACAUAGUGAGGGGCAACAUUAAAGUCUUGUCAGAGAUGCUCACCGAGUUGGUUCCAGGCCAGGAGGAUGGAUCUGACCUAGAACUACUCCAGGAGCUGCACAGGACAUGCAGAGCAAUGCAACAGCGAGUGGUUGAGCUGAUCUCGCGUGUGUCCAACGAGGAAGUGACCGAGGAAUUGCUCCACGUCAACGAUGACCUCAACAACAUAUUCCUCCGUUACGAGAGGUAUGAGAGGUACAGGUCUAGCGCUCAGAAAAAAGGGAUUGUAGGUGACAGCACAGAUGACAACCUGAUAGAUUUGGGUCCCGGUUCCCCUGCAGUGGUUACACCCGGUCCACCAACUCAAAGCACCGCGGGAGCUGCGGCCUCCCCAGCCCGGAAGGCCGCAGCGGCCUCGCUGUCCUCUGCAAUGGCCAGUCUUGAUGUCAAGCCUACGACCCUACCCAGUCAAAAACAGGACGACUUCGACAUGUUUGCCCAGACUCGUAGCAGCUCUCUGGCUGAGCAGCGCAAAAAUGUCAAGUACGAAGACCCUCAGGCUAUAGGAGGUCUGGCUUCAGCAUUGGAUGUCAGACAGCACAACACGGGAAUGCUGAGGUUAGAAGGGGAUGAUAACCCAGCAGAUCAGGAGCUGCCCAUAGACAGCUGGCUUAUCACGCAAGGAAUGAUCCCAGUAUCGCAGUCCUCUGUCAUGGAUGACAUAGAGGAGUGGCUCUGUGCUGAUGUGAAAGGUGAUCCUCCAGAUGAAGGCGUCACCAGUGAAGAGUUUGAUAAAUUCCUGGAGGAGCGAGCAAAGACUUCAGACACAUCUCCCCCUGAGGACAACCCAGCUCAUCCUGCCCGCGCUCCCGUCGGUUCUCACAAGAAACAAGAACGGACGGAAGACGCCCUCUUUGCCUUGUAGACUCUGUAUUUGGUCAUUUAAUGUGGGAUGUAGUGACGCCUUACUUCACAUUUAUAAUGCGCCACCAGACGAUGGCCUAACUCCAUUCAUUGUAAGGAUGUAUGUACACAAGUGUUAAUAUCAUGCUAAUUGCUAAUGUCCGCAUGUAUUAUUUGAAAGGUUUGGUCUAUUUUUUUAGGUAAUGGAAAAUAUUUUGAAUCACUUAAUUUUGCACUUAACAUUUUUUAACUCCUGGGCUGCCACUGACGAUGAUAGAUGUCCAAUCAAUUUUGACUGGGAGGGCAGACAGCUCGGCCGGCGCCAAAUUUCUUUGGUGGUGGGGGGGGGGGGUGCCUGAAAAAUAUUCUUAUGCCAUGCUUCCCGUAUGUUUUCUAACAUACUCCAGUUCAUAGGCUACAUAUUAAAAAUAUUUGCUGUUUCUGACCUGAAUUGGAUUAGCCACCUGCUAUGUUGUACCUCUCACGAGGCAGGGAGGAUCAGUUUGUGCUUACAGUUACAGUGUAUGAGCAAAUCCAUUCAGACACAAUAAAUCAAUUAAUAAAUAAAUCAAACAUCAUUCAAAAUCACGGUUUCAGAACAAAACUAAAAUUGUCACAUAACAACAAACCAAGUAGCAUAACUAACAAUCAAUGAAACAACUGGAACAGUAACUGAAGAAAAAAUUUGCACAAAACAUGAACUUGGAACGAUAUUUAUAGCGCCGCAUUGCAUGGUGGGAGGCAUGAGGCAGGAGUGGCAAUACAUACACUUUCACCUAGGGCAUCUAGGCACCUAGAGCUGGCAACAAUCAUUCGCUACCAGCCCCUCCAAAUCAGAAUGGAUUAAAUGUCUAUUUUCAGCCAUUGAGUCAACUUAACUAUAGGCUAGAAUACAAAUAAAAUAGGAAUAAAAAUGUCAGCUUCCAAUACUUUGUGAAAUUGUCAUUAAUUACCUUAAUAUAAACUAAUGACAUUUUCAAAGAUACAUCAUUGGCUAUACAUAAUAUACCUCAAAGAACAAAAAUGUAGGAAAAAUGUUUUUUCUUUGUUGUGCUAUGCAGAAAGAAGGGCAAUGUGUGUACUACCUUCCCCUUAUAAUGUAUAUAUAUUUGUACCAUUAAUUAUAUUGAUAGCACAAUUACUACUUUUCUUUGUUUUUUUUUAAUAAUUCGCACGUCCUGGGAAUUUCAAAAAUCCUCCAAAAAUGUCUUAAUUCCAGCACUUUUAACCUUCUGGUUUUAAUUUUGUUCUGCACUAAUAUUUUUUCAGCUUAAGACCAAAAACGCUUGUUAAUCAAAUGCAGUAUUGUCGGAAUAUUCCACUGGAUUUGUUAUUGACCCGAAGACUUAUUUGCCUACAUAUUUUGCAUAACUUUUAAACAUUUUAUUGUACUUUGUUAAGCUUUAACAUUGUUUUAUACAUACACUAUGUAGACUAGAAUUACCAAACUGAGCAGUAACUUGAGUAAUGUAACAGUCAUUGUGUAAACUGUUAGCAAACAAGCUAAACAUGUGACCUGAGGUUUUAAAAAGUAUUUAAAAUGUUGAUUGGUGUUGUGUUUUCGACUAUCAAAUAUCAGGUUCAGUGUUGGGGAAAAAAACGUAACUGUAUAUUGUUUUUUUUUUUUUGUUGAGUUUUUUGGACAUCCUCUUUGGGCUGCCAUUGCUGACUGUCACGUAUUUGUGAGACUUAAUGCACAUUUGUAACUGCCCAAUAAAACAUGCGAGA